AUGAUUGUCUCGGACAAGUUGCGAUUGGCGAGAGGCUGGGAUGUCGUCAUCGGAUGUGCUUCCUCGGCUACCAUUGUUCUCGUCACGAACGAUGGCUCUGCUACCUUUGCCCCUCCCACCGUCAUCGCGAGCGAGUUUGUCAAUGGCAUCGCUCAUCUGACAACAGCCCUCAUCGACGCCGAUGCCCAUUGGGAUCUCGUCGCGGCUUCAGCUGGCAACUCGUCCGUCGUCUGGAUACGCAACAUCGACUCGGCUGGCUCCUUUGCCGCCCCCCAGCUCGUGGCUGACAAUCUCGACGCCGUCGCCGCCGUCGCCGUCGGUGACGUCAACGGUGACGGAAGCAACGACGUGGUUGCUGCGGUCGAGAAUGCUCAGCAAAUUGUGUGGAUCGCUAACAAUGGUACCGGCACCUUUGCGCUUCCUCUCGUCAUCGACAGUGGCAGCCUCAAUGGCGUCCGCGCCGUCGCCCUUGGUGACAUCAACGGCGACGGUCGACUCGACGUCGCCGCCACACCGGCGUUUGAAGACGUCGUUGUGUGGUACGCCAAUCAUGUGGCCAUCAAUGGCACCUUUUCGUCGCGCCGCAUCGCCAUGACCGCAACCGAUGACGUCUCGGACGUUGUCCUCGCAGACCUGGACUCGGACGGCAUUCUCGACAUUGCCGCCGUCUCGCUCGCUGAUGACAAACUCGCGUGGGCUCGCGGCGUCGACGGUGCCGGCACCUUCUCACCGCAGAUUGUCGUCUCUACCGCGCUCAACGGUGCCCGCUCGGUCAUCGCCGUCGACGUCGACUCGGACGGAGACCUUGACCUUGUCGCCUCGGCCGUCUACGCCAACAUGCUCUACUGGGCCGAGAACGUCUCGCCUGCUCGCGGCUUUGGCCCUGCCCAGAGGCUUGCUGUCGACUUUACCGACCCGUCUGCGCUCGCAGUCGCAGACAUCGACGGUGAUGGCCGCCGUGACAUCAUCGCCUCCAGCGCCGCUGGCACAGGCCCCGUUGCCUGGUUCCGCAACACUCCGCCGAGCUCGACGUGGUCGUCCGACAUCACCAUCACCUCUACCGCCGACGGCAUCCGUCACAUCACUGUCGCAGACAUCGAUGCUGACGGUGACCUCGACGUCGUCUACGUCAACUACGGCGACGACUCCAUCCGCUGGGUGAGCAACACCAACGGCGCCGCCGACUUUGCCGACCCACGCACUAUUACCACCGUUGCCGAUGGCGUUACUGCCGCCGCUGCUGCCGACAUCGACAACGACGGCGACCUUGAUCUCGUCUCGGUCUCAGAGCGCGACUCAAAGGUUGCCUGGUACGAGAACCUCGAUGGUCGCGGCUCGUUUGGCCCGCAACAAGUCAUCACCACCACCCAUCCCGGCGCAUUUGCCCUCCGCGCCCUUGACUUUGACCACUCGGGCUCCAUCGACAUCAUCUACGCCGCCGUCGACGACGACUCGAUCGUGUACCUCUCCAACACCGAUGGCCGCGGCUCGUUUGCAUCCCCGGUUGUCGUCAACGCUGCCUGCGCCGGCGCCGCCUCGGUCGCCGUCGCAGACCUCAACGACGACUCCGAGUUUGACGUCAUCGUCGCCUGCCGUGGCAGCGACAAGGUCGAGUGGCACGCCGGCGUUGGCGAUGGCUCUUUCGGCCCUGCCCAGCCCGUUGAGACCACUCUCAAUCGUCCCGUCGACGUGCAGCCGGCAGACAUGGAUGCUGACGGUGACAUUGACGUUGUCAUUGUUGCUUCGCUCUCUGCUGCGGUUGUCUGGCGCGAAAACUCGGACAGCGCCGGAACCUUUACCACCACGAACACCAUUGCCUCAGGUGUGGACCUUGCUGGCAUCGCCUCUGUCACCGUCGCCGACUUUGAUCUCGACGGCGACCUCGACAUCGCCGUCGCCAUCUUUGAUGAGAACGUUUUCUCCUGGUUCGAGAACUACGCUAGCGGCGUCUCGUGGUCGUCCAAGCGGGAUAUGUACAGUGGCUCGGGUGCCUUUGCCAUCACUGCCGCCGACAUCGACGCCGACGGCGACAGCGAUCUCAUCGUCGGUACUCAGUACUCGGACAAGCUCGUCAUGCUCACCCGCUAUCUCCGCGGCCCGUUCCACAACUACUCUGCCCCGGCAGUCGCCUACGCUCCGACAUCGCUUGCUUGCUCCUCCGCGCCACACACCCUUGCAUGCAUCACCGAGAGCCUCGGCGCGCUCUCGUGGUGCGAGCAGCAGACACUCCUUCUGCCAUCUGCUGACUUUGUCAACUGCCGCCGUGACACUCACAUCCUUAUCGAGCGUCCGGUUGCCCUCGCGCCUCUCUCCUCCUCCGGCCGUGUCGCCAUUAACUGCACCGCGGCCGGCGGCGGUGUCACCUUUCGGGUCACGCCCCACAGCUCGCCGCUCAUCGACACGCUUGGCCAUCUCGCGAUCUCCGGCAUCGACAUUGUUGGCAUGACCACCGGCCGGAGCUCGCUCUACGCCUCGCCGGGCAUUCGCGCUGAUGGCGCAGGCGUCCGUCUUCGCCUUGCUGCGCUCACCGUCUCGCCAUAUCUGCACGAGGGCCGCGGUGGUGCACUGCUCGCAUCAGGCGGCGCCGAGCUCGAUUUGGCCGCCGUUACCAUGACACACAACUCGGCGUCGUUCCGCGGCGGGCGCUCUUUGCCACUGGCGCCGGCACCCGGGUCACCACUACCGAUCUGA